CUUGUUUAAUAGCCUCUAGCCGGUUUCCCAUAAGAAAACCAGGACUGGCCCAUGAAUCGCGUUUCGCAGCGGAAGGUUGACCAAGGCUCCAAUCGUGGCACUGUAGACUUGUGCUUCUCCUCUUACAGUUAAAGGGCACUGCAAUCACUGCACCUAAGUAUGUGCUCAGAGUCAGAGGGCGUGCUUGCUUGAACAAGGUUGGGCGCAGCCUGCUCAGCUUUCUGAUUUACUUUAGCCUUGUUACGCUUACUAAGAGACACGAUGUCCAGAGACUACGCACCCGUGAAGCGCAAGUGGGCUUUUUAGGGACUUCCAGCCCUUGCCGACUGCGAAAGACUCGCGACUGGAGUGGACAGCAAUAAAUGGCAGAAGCAGACAUAUGGCCCGUUAUUCGCGCGGUGGAGGAGGCAAGAGAGGCAGUGCACCAGCUUGCGGAGAGCGCGGCAAAGAGCAAGGUCAACAAGCAGCGAUGCUCUGAGGUUGCUGAUGCGGCUCGUCAAGCAUUAAACAGCCUUGAUGCGGCCGUGAGGCAGCGUGCUGCAGAUGCGAUUGCACUUAUGACAGCCGCUGCGCGGCUUGCCGGAGCGGCCAGGCGCUCGUGCGCAAGCGUGCAGGAGCAUGGAAACCCUGGCGCCAUCGGGCGCCUUUUCCAGCGCAAGACCGCGGAGCGCGCCCUAGCGGUGGAGCAGCGCGCCUACCUGGACUUCCUAGCCGACCCGCCCUGGGGCCCCGCAGCCGCGCUGCGCAACUCCGCAACCACCAUCGGACCCGGCGCGGCGGCCGCAGCCGCCUCCGCCGCCGGCCGAGGCGGCGGCGGCGGAGGACACGGAGGGGGCGGCGGCGGCGGCGGCGCAGGGGCGCUGUUGUCGCAGCAGACCAUGGACACGCUGGCUCUAUACCACGCGGGCGGAGGCAGUGCGUCGUCGGGCGGGGCGGGGCCGGGGAACGGCAACGGCGGCGGGCACGGAGGAGGCGGUGGAGGAGGCGGCGGGGGAGGCGGUGGAGGAGGCGGUGGAGGAGGCGGUGGAGCAGGAGGGGGGCGGCUGCAGGGCGCGGGUGACAGCGCGCCGGUGCGUAUGCCCACCAGCUCGCUGAACCCGCUGUGGACCAGCAACCUGGAGUCCACCCACACGCAGUCGCUGCCGCAGGAGCUGGGCUCAAUUCCCGCCGGCUUGGCCGGCUACCCCAACAUCCGUGGCGGCGGCGGAGCCGCCGCUGGCGGCGGCGGCGGUCCCACUAGCACCGACGGCGGCGGCGACGUUUCGUACGGCGGCCGCCGCGCCUCCGCCGCCGGCGACGACGCGGAGUCGGUGGCGGCGGGGGCCGGGGGCGGGCGGAGUGCGCUGGUGCCGUUCGCGCCGCGCACGGUUCGUGCCAGCGACGGCGUGCCUGUGCAGCGUGUGUGCUUCAUGCGCGGCGCCGGCUGCGACACGUCGGCGGUGCAGCUGAUGGUGGUGCUGCCCAAGCAGGUGGAGGUGUACUCGGCGGCGCUGGACUCGUUCCACUCGGACACGCCGCUGGAUACGGAGGAGCAGCAGGUCACGGCGGCGGCGCUGUACGAGCCGGCCCUGGAUCUGGUCACCGGACACCGCGGCGGUACAGUGCUGGUGUACGGCAGGCCCGGCGUCGCCAGCGGCAGCAGUGCCGGCGCGCAGACCGCCGCCGCCGCAGCGGCGGCGGCCGCCACGCAGGCGGGCGUGCCCUUAGUCAUCCGCCUCAGCCGCCACGCGGUCACCGCGCUCCACUGCGUGCCGGGGUCGGAGUUAGAGCCGGUGGCGGCGCCUGGCGGCGCCGCCGCGGCUGCAGCCGCUGACGCGGCUGCGGCCGUGUCGCCGUACCCAAUGCAGCCGGCGGCGCUGCCGCCGCCGCCGGGCCCGCCGUCGGAGGAGGUAGUGCUCUUCACGGGCGACGCCUCGGGACGGGUUAUGGCAGUACGCUACAGCCGCACGCAGCCGGAGGUGCUGGCUACGGCAGUGUUCAACGCCGCCAAACGGAAUCCCGCCGCCGCCGGCAGCAAGGACGGCGCCGCCGCCACCGCCGCCGCGGCGGCGGCGGCGGCCGCGUCGUCUUCCUCCGCCAGCCCCAACGCCGAAAUCACCUGCCUGCUCUUCCGUGUGGGCUAUCUGGUGGUCAGCACCGCCGGCGACAAUCUGUUUUCGGUGCGCGUGAAUGCGGCGCCGCCGCUGGCGCCGUCGGGCUCGACGGGCGCGCUGGCGAGGGCCGACUCGGCCGGCAGCGGCGCCGCCGGCCUGCGGCCCUCCGCCUCCGUCAACCUGCUGACCCCAGCCGUGUCCGCAAUCCCGGGGCGCGGCGGCGGCGCCCUGCCGACACGCGGCUCGGCGGCGGGGCUGCCGCCGGCGCCGUCAACCGAGGCGCCGUCAUCCGCCAGCAGCGGCGGCGGCGGCGGCGGGAUCCGGAAGGGCGCGCUGCCGCUGGUGACGGCGGUGGUUGACAGCUUCUCCUUUGCGGGCUUUGGCGGCUGUACGGCGCUGGUGGCGGUUGAUUGGGUGGUGCCGGGAUCCGAGGCCGACGGCGGCGGCGGCGGCGGCUCCAACGCCACACCGUUUGCGAACUUCUGGACCUCCGCCACCGCCUCCGCUGGCACGGCGUCGCUGGGCGCGUGGGGCGCGGACGCGACGGCGGACGCCGCCGCGGCGGCGGUGGCGGCGGGCGGGCGCGGGCGCAUGCCGCCGCCGCGGCGCGGCCCCUGGCGGCUGCUGUCCGCGCACUCCAACGGGCAGCUGCUGAUGUGGGACCUGCCGGCGGGGCGCCUGCAGCUCAUCUGCGCCAUCGGCGAGACCGGCCCGCCCAUCAUCUCCGUCAACGUGUUUCCGGACCUGGGCGCAAUGAUUGAGGUGCUCAGCAACGGCCACUUCCGGGUGGGGCCGCCGCCGUCCAGCUCCCUGGCGCCGCCCAUCAACCCUCUGGGCGGCGUGCCUGUGUGGCGGCUGCGCCAGGCCGCCGUCAAGGCGCACCGCGGCCGCAUCACCGCCUCCUCCCUGCUGGGCCACAGCAUCGCCACAGGCAGCAAGGCCGGCGGCGUCAAGGUCUGGUCCGCAGUAGAGCUGCGGACCAAGGCCGCGGCGCAGGGCGUGACCUUCCUGCCGCCUCCGGCGGCGGCGCCGCCGCCUCCGGCGGCGGCGGCGGCGGCGGUGCCGCCCACCUUCGGCAUGGUGGGCGCCGCAGCCGGGAGCUCGACGCCCACCGCGGCGGCGGCGGCGCGGUACCCGGGCUACCCAUUCAACCCGCCGCCGGCGUCGACGGCGUCGCCGGUAGGGGCGGCGGCGCCGCCGCCGUCGAGCCUGAACAACUACCCGCUCGGCGGCGGCGGCGUGGGCAGCCCUAGCAACAGCGUGGCCCUGGCCUCAGAGGACCGCUACCCAUUGGGCGUUCCAGACCGCGGACCCGGCGGCGUCUCGCGGCCUAGCUCCGCCGCCGGCGGCCCGGCUUCGCCGCGGCCGCUGGCGCCGCCUGGCAGCGGCGGCGGCGCCGCCGCCGCCGACCGUUACCCCAUGCAGCCGUACGGCUCGGCGGCGCUGUCGGUUGCGGCGGCGAGCGACCGCAACUCGUUCACCAUGUCUGGAUCCAAUCUGGUCAUGAACACGAUGACGUCGACGGGCACGGGCGCGGCGCAGCCGUAUCCCGGCAGCAGCGGCAUCGGCGGCGGCAUCGGCGGCGGCGGCGGCGGAAUGUUCAUUCCUGGUCCGGGCGCCGACAUCCACGCCUCCUCUGCAUCCCAAUUUGCCAUGCCCUUCGCGCCGCCGAGCUCCGCGCUGGCGGCGCCGCCGGCGCCGUCGGGGCAGCAGUUCUACCCGGCGGCGGCGUCCGCGGCGGCGUCGGGGGCGCCGCCGCCGAUGCCGUUCGGCGCUCCAAACUCGGGCUGGGACAACCAACAGCAGCAGCAGCAGCAGCAGCAACAACAGCAGCAGUUCCAGCAGUACCCGGGCGCGGGCGUUGGGGCUGUCGGCACAGGCAUGGGUAUGGGCAUGGGCGUGAGCAUGCUGGGCGGCGGCGGCGGCACCGCCGACGAGCACCUGCUCUCCGGGACCUCCUCCCUCAGCACCACCGGUGCCGCGCCCAACACCGGCUCCAUUGCCGCUACAGCCGCCGUUGCUGCUACCGCUACAGCCGCCGUGGUCACAGCUACAGCCGCUGCCGGCCCCGCCGGCGGCGCUGGCUCGCUGGCCCGCACCUCCCAGCCCGCCGUGGGCCCGCGGUCGCCGCUGCACGCGCAGCUGCAAGUGGCGAUGGACGCCGCACAGGCCGCGCGGGACCCCAGUCACCACGCCAUUACCUCGCCGCCGGAGCGCGCGCCCUCGCCGCUGCCGGCCGUGUCGCCACACGCACAAGCCAUGGCCGCGGCCGCAGGCGCCGCCGCCGGCGCCGCGGCGGCGGCGGCCGCCACCGCCGCGCCCGCCCCCCUCCCGUCGCCGACAGCGAUGGCCAACACGGCGACGGCCGCAGCAGUGGCGCGCCCGGCGUCGCCCGCGCCGCCGCAGGCGGCGGUGGCGGCAGCAGCCGCCACGGCGACGGUGGCAGUAGCGGCGGCUGCGCCGCCGCCUGCCAUGAUGCGGUCUGCGACGAUGCAGAAGACCUACGCCUCCGCCCUGGAGGGCGAGCUGGCGCACGCGCUGGGCUGCGGCGGCAAGGCGCCGCCGGCGCCCACCGAGGAGGAGCAGCAGCGCGAGCGCAGCGCCAACCUGCCUGUGGUCAUGCCGGCAGGGCUGACGGCGGCGGAGGCGGCCGAGGCGGCGGAGGCGGCGCGCGCCGACCCCAAGGCCCGCUGGGGCAACGCCGGCCUGGCCGUGAUGCAGGGCAUCCGGGGCAGCCGCGCAAAACUGCUGGGCGCGGGAAGGGCAGCCGCGGCAGAGGAGCCGUCGGCAGUUGGUGGUGGUGGUGGCGGCGGCGGCGGCGGCGGUGACAUGAGGUCGCCGUCGCCGCUGUCGUCCAUGGGCGUGUCCAUGCCGCCGCCGCCGCCGCCGCCAGUGGCGGCGGUGGGCGCGGCCGCUGCCGCGGCGGCGUCGCCGUUCGGUGGCGGCGGCGGCGGUGGCGGCGGCGGCGGCGGCGCGCAUUCGUACCCCAGCCUGCCCGACGGCUACAUGAUCAGCAGUGACGGCGCCGGCGGCGCAGCCGCCGCCAAGGCCGCCGCCGUGGCGGCGGCGGCGGCGGCGCAGUGGCAAACUCCGGGCUCCACGCCGUCGGGGCUGCCGGCGGCGCAGGGGCCGGCGCAGAUGGUGCCAUUCAGCAACAUCACGUCGCUGUCUUCAGACCCCACCGCUGGCGGCGGCGGUGGCGGCGGCGGCUACAGCGCGGCGGCGGUGGCCUUCCACCAGCUGCACCACCACCCGCAGCACCAACCGCAUCAGCACUACGGCCCGCAACCGUCGUACGACGCCGCGCCGCAGACCAUGACCUACCCGCCUCCCGCCGCCGGCGGCCCCUCCACCAGCAACGACGGCUACGGCGGCGGCGGUGGCAUGUCGUACGGCCACAUGGGGUCGAUGCCGCACAUGGGAUCCAUGCAGCACAUGGGAUCCAUGGCGUCCAUGGGAUCCAUGGGCCACGUGAACCCGCUGCAGCCGCCCGUGCAGAACAUGGGAUCCAUGCAGCACAUGGGAUCCAUGCAGCGCGGCUCCAUGCACAGCGGCAGCGGCGCUGGAUCCGAGAUGCACGUGCCGGGGCCCGGCAUGGGCAGCGGUCCGUACGGCAGGCGCAUGUCCAUGGUGGCCAGCGAGUACGACAACCUGUCGCGCCGUACUUCGACGUCGGGGCACGUGGACAUGGGCGGGCCCAUGAGCGGGGAAGCCGACGGCAUGGUGCCGCCGCCUCCCGUGCUGCCGCCGCCAGCGCCCGACCCGAACGCCAUGCCGGCCCAGCACCAGGCGGUCAACCCCCUGCUGCAGAACUGCUUCAUCCGGCCUGACGACCUGCGGCUGAUCGACUGCGUGGGCGCGGGCGCGGAGGGCACUGUGUGGCGCGGCCGCUGGCACCACAUCGACGUGGCGGUCAAGGAGAUGCACACCGACAGCGCCAGCUACGACAAGCUGGUGUCCAUCGCCAAGGCCUACAAGACCCUUAUGAAGGAUUGCUGGGCGGCAGACCCCGCGGCCAGGCCCGCCUUCCACAAAAUCGCGGAGCGGCUGAUGGCGCUCAUCCGCUGGCAGCGCACGCUCAGCCAGGUGCGGCGCAGCGUCCUUGGCGCCAACAAGUUCAAGGCCGUGGGCUCGCGGCGCCGCGAGGACACCUCGGCGGCGGCGGCGGCGGGCUCGGGCGCCAGCACGCCGCGCGGCCGGGCGGCGGCGGAUGACGACGAGGACGAUGAGGACCCGUUGGCGGAGCUGCGGCGGCAGCGCGCCGCGGAGGAGGCGGCGGCGGCCGCCGCCGCCGCCGCCGCUGCCACGGCGGCAGCGAAUGCCACGCCGACGCUGGCGGCGGCGGUGGCGGUCGGGAACGCCGCCGGCGACACGACACCAACGCUGGGCACGCCGACGGCGUCGGCUACUGCCGCUGCUGCUGCCGCCGCGGCGGCGGCGGCGGCGGUGCGCCUGCCCAUGCCGCCGGCGAGUGGCGGCGGCGCGGAGAACGGCGGCUCCACUCCGGUGCUGCUCAGGGACUCGGCGCCAGACGAUGCGUCGCCAGCGGUGCGGGUCGAUCUGACGGCAGCGGCGACGCGCGCCGCCGACGCCGCCGGUGCCAGCGCGGGAUCGGACGGCGGCCCUGUGAGCGAGGCCCCUAGCCUCAACCCGAAGGCGGGGCUGGGGCUGGCGGCGCGGCGUGACGAUGGUGCUGGCGGCGCCGGCACCAACAGCAGCGGCGGCGGCGCGCCGGCGCUGUUUGGCGGCGUGCCGCUGACGGCGGCGGCGGUGGCGGCGAGGGCGCAACAGCAGCAGCAGCAGCUACAGCCGCAGGGGCCAAUGCUGGAGUCGGCGCCGACUCUCAGUUCAACUGCGUCGCGGCCGCUGACGGUCCCGCCGAUCAGCACCACGGCCUCCGGCGCCUCCGCCGCCUCUAGCGCCGCCCCUGGCGGCGCCGGGCCGCCGCAGCCGACGCCGGCCGUGGCGGCGGCAGCGGCGGCGGCCACGGCCGCGACGGCGGCGGCCACGGCGGCGGCACUGGGCCAACAGGGCGACGGCUUUGGAAUGCUGAGCCCCUUCAAUGCGAUUGACCUGUCAGACGACGACGAAGACGCGUCGCAGGUGCGGCUGCCGCCGCCGCCGGCGGCACCAGCCGCCGCGCCGGUGGCGGCGGCGGCGGCGCCAGCAGGGAAGCCGGACCCGUUCGCACUCAACAGCCCGUUCAACGCAUUUGGCAACCUCGACGAUUCGGAUGAUGAGGCACCGCCGCCGCCGCCACCAAAGGUCAAGCCGAUGCCAGCCGCCGCUGCGGCCCCUGCCACCGCCGCCGCCGCGCCGGCGCGGGCGGUGGCGGCGGAGCCGCCUCUGCUGCAAAGCGUCAAGCCGCCGCCGCCGGUCCGGCCAGAGGUGGCAAUCCCGAAGGGAGCCGCGGGCAUUGCAGUGGACCCGGCGGCGGCGGUGGCCGCCGCCGGCGCGGCAGCCGCCGCCGGCGCGGCAGCCGCCGCCGCGCGCGCCGCCACUGCCGCCGCCGCCGCGCCGGCGCUGGGCGCGGUCGGGGCGGACCCGUUCUCCAUGCUCUCUCCCUCUUCAGAUGCAUGAUUGUGAUGGCGCGUGGUCGCCGGGUUGCUUGCUUGCCGCACAAGUCAGAGUGUGCUGCAGUCAACAGCACAGCGAGCGGGAGGUCCGCGACUGCAUGUGUGUCUCGCUGCAUCGGCACCUUCUUGCUUUUGGAUUGCCAAAGAGCAAUGCGUGUGUGUGUGUGUGUGUGUGUGUGUGUGUGUGUGUGUGUGUGUGUGUGUGUGUGUGUGUGUGUGUGUGUGUGUGUGUGUGUGUGUGUGUGUGUGUGUGUGUGUGUGUGUGUGUGUGUGUGAUUGUGUGUGUAUUGUAUAUGUCGUGCUGGUCGUGCGUGCUUGGUGCUCACCUGGUGGUGGCGGCUGGAUGUGGCGGCGAGUUGUUGGAGCUCCGACGGGCGUUGCUGAGAUUGGUGCGGAAGGCAGAGGUGAGGUGGUCGGGUCCCGUCGGGUCAGGGCGCCAAGGCGGCUGAGGGAUUUGCGGGACUGCUUGUGCACUUGGCCAGGGGUUUCGGCAGGGCAGGUGCAAUGGCGCAUAUGCAGACCACCUCUGCUCAAGGUCUGAUGCCCUUGCAACAAGGGACACGCGAACAUGUUUCCGUGUGUGUUUCGCGUGUGUGAUGCUGUGCUGGUCGUUUGGCUGCUGGUCCCCUUGUGCGGGUCCGCGGCAGCAAGCACUCAUGCAAACGGAUGUGAGAAUCAGCGAGAGACAGACGCUUGGUCGACGAAGGACAUGCUGCUCUGCUGUGCGUAGGUGUGCCGGGGCCGGCGCGGCAGUCGCAAGUGCACUGCUUUCUGUUUUUGAUGCUGCGAGUCUCUUAUACAAACCACGUUACUGUGGGUGUCAGGCCAGUCGACCCUGUGCAGUCAGAACGGAGCGGCGGGCGUUCUCUCAACAACAUCAGCAGAGCACUUCGACCUGCAUUGAAGCCAUUUAAUGGCCCCGCGGAACGCGGUGCCCCGCGAUGAGAGAGAGAGAUGCUGUACGGCUGGAUAGCCCCGCACAAAGUGGUGCGCGUCAAUGGAAUGGGUAUUGUUUUGCGGCGGCACGCUCGGGGCUAUAUGUGUUGUGAUGAGGGAUGAAGGAUGAUGUGUUACCGGCAAGGCCGGUGUGUGCACCGUGAUGGCAAGGGCAUUGCGCGGCAUGGCGGGUUGGGUUCCUCUGCACGUUCGAGUGCUGUUGCUGUGGCUGGCGGCCAGCCGGCCGCGGCCGGCGAGGUGUGGCGGAUGCGACACAACCGUAAUGCCGUACUAUUGGCUCUACUAAUGCCGUACUGGGUGUGUCCCUGUCCUUGUUUAGGAAGCUGUGUUUGGAGCUAUCGGAGACAAUGGAGCAUGCGGUGUCAGGAAAUGCCUUGGGCGGGCAGAUGCAUCGUCGUAGGGGGCGGAGGGGUCCCCCAGCGGAUGCGGCGGCGACCGGCGCUGCUGGCUUGUAUGGACGUGGGGUGGCGCUGUGGGCGGCUGCGUGACGUCUCACCGCAGCGCGACACAUCCACAAAUAAGAGGCCGGUGUCGUCUGGGGCCGACGGUGAUUGCAGCAACUGCCAGGCGGUAAUGACAUGGCUAACGGAAGGAACGCAUAUCAUGCUCGCAAAACAGAAAUAAAUUGUCUAAUGUUUGCAGCAAUUUCAAGCGAUGGCUCGAUGGUGUGUUGCGGUGGUAAAGCGAUGGUCACAGGCGCAUUUCGAGGGCUCUGGCGCGGGCUGCUUGUUUAUUGGAAUAUGAUGAAGUCUGUCGGCGCCACGGGACGUGUGUUUUGGCGCAUACGUGUGACCGACGUCUACUUUAGUCCUGGUCCCCUUAGCUUCUCGUCCAUUAAAACCCUAGACCUCCCAUCAGACGCUGUUGAAUAAUGGUGGGUGAGGGUUGCGCCAGGGCACGGCAGCUUGUUGCCUUGCUGGGAGACGCCCCGGUGCCUUGUGCCAUAGAUUACCCAUGAGCGGGUUUGGCCGUACUGUGUAUGCGUGUCGGCGUGCACUAGGGAGGUGAACACGUGUGUGUGUGUGGGUGGGUGUUUGGAUCUUGAAACAGGUGGGGGAGCUCGCUGCUGGUCUGGGUAAAUGGGGGUUUCGUCCGCGCCUGGGGAUAAAAGGAGGACGCGGCAGACGCAGGCGUGGUUGGGGUCACGAGCGCCGCUUCAGGCCACGCAUGUGCGAGAAAGACAAUGCCUAAGUGAUGGUGAUGCGCGAGGUGGUACGGACAAGCACGCUAGAGUGUUUGUGUGUGGGGGGCCCACGCGGCAUGUUGUGGCCUGUGGGGAGUGGGGCGCGAUGACGUUUGGUCAGGGGUCCAGCUGGCUUGCAACUGGAGGCUUGGGGCGGUUGUAGGAAUAGGACAACCUACAAACCGCUACCGCUGGUACUAUAGUCAACUAGGUAGCGGCGGGCGGCGUGGGGCCGGUGCUGAUCCGGCAGGGGCCCUCCUGCCACCAGUUGUGGGCACGAUGAGGGCGCUCAAUUCCCAGCACCGCCCUCUUGAUGUCAUCGCCGUGCCUUGCGUGCAAAGGAAAGUGCCUUGCGUGCAAAGGAAAGUGCAUGCCCGCCGAUCUGCGGGGGCGAACUGCUGGCACGGGUGGGUGGGAUGGAUGGGGCAAGCAAGCAACAAGGGGUGCGGGCCUGCGGGCGCGGGUGGCGGUUGUGUGGGUACACGUGCAUGGCUGGGUGGGAUUGGGUGCGCGAUAUGGUCGUGAGCUGGGAAGCAGUGCGGUGGGAUUGCUGAGGGCCUUGCGGUUGUGAACUUGUGAAGGGGCGUGAACACGUCAGCUUGCUGGGUGUUGGAGGCUGAGCUGGCUCAUGCUGUGGGCUGAGCUAAGUCGUGCGUGUUUGUGCGCUGGGAAGGCAGCACAAGGAGUCAAGAACCCUGAUGCGAGUGAUGCCCCUUCUUGUAACUGCUCUCGCAUGCAAAUUGCACAAGAACGCAAAGCGGCCGGAUUGGGUUUGACACACAGUUCGAGCACUUAGCAGCACUUAGGAGGCCUCCUGAGGAGGGUGGCCAGAAUGUAUCGUUGUAACGAGUUGUUGUG